UGACACCGCACGGAGGAGUGGUUACGGUGUGACACCACCGGAAGUCGUUCCCGGCAGUCAGAGAGAGGCCCAUGUGCUGCUGGUUUGUUACUGAGCAGCAAACUUCACUAAAAACCUUUAACUUCAUAACUCCGUCAGCUGAAUGAUCGUGUAGACUAUCUCUCUAAGAUGUUGUUGGAAGCGCUGGACGGUGAUGAGACGGUUGUCUUCACUUCUGCUGCCGCCUCUGUGCAGAUCGAGGUGGAGCCGGUGGGUCGAUGGUUCGAGGCCUACUUGAAGAGGAGGAACAGGAACGCGUCUGUCUCCUUCCAGGAGCUGGAGGAGGAAGAGGUGUCCUCAGAGGAGUCGGAGGAUGAAGACUUUCAGCUGGAGGAGUACCCGAUGCUCCGAACACUCGACCCCAAAGACUGGAAGAAUCAAGAUCACUAUUCUGUCCUCGGGCUCCCACACUUGAGGUACAAAGCCACACAGAAACAGAUCAAAACUGCCCACAAAGCGAUCGUGUUGAAGCACCAUCCUGACAAGAGGAAAGCUGGUGGAGAGCAGAUCGUAGAGGGAGACAAUGAUUACUUUACCUGUAUAACUAAAGCUAUAGAAAUCCUGUCAGACCCCAUGAAGAGGAGAGCCUUCGACAGCGUAGAUCCUACCUUCGACAACGCCGUGCCUUCAAAGAACGAAGGCAAAGAAAACUUUUCCGAGGUGUUUUCUCCCGUUUUCGAGAGAAAUGCCAGAUGGUCUUCCAAAAAGCACGUGCCUAAGCUCGGAAACAUGGAGUCCUCUUUCGAAGAAGUCGACAAUUUUUACUCUUUUUGGUACAACUUUGACUCAUGGAGGGAAUUCUCAUACCUGGAUGAAGAGGAAAAGGAAAAGGCUGAGUGUCGAGAUGAGAGGAGAUGGAUUGAAAAGCAGAAUCGAGCCUCCAGAGCUCAGAGGAAGAAGGAGGAGAUGAACAGAAUGCGAACACUAGUUGAUACUGCCUACAGCUUAGACCCUAGAAUAAAGAAAUUCAAAGAUGAAGAAAAAGCCAGGAAGGAGGCUGAGAAGAAGGCUAAAGUUGAAGCCAAGAAGAGAGAGCAGGAGGAGAAGGAGCGAGCCCGGCAGGCGGAGCUGGACGCCGCUCGUUUGGCGAAGGAGAAGGAGGAAGAGGAAGCCAAGCAGGUAGCUCAGCAGGCCAAGAAAGAGAAGGAGAUCCAGAAGAAGGCCUUCAAGAAGGAGAGGCAGAAACUCAGGACGACCUGCAAGAACUGGAAUUACUUCACUGAGGAGGAAUCUGACAGUGUGAGAAUGAUGGAGGAAGUAGAGAAGCUCUGUGAUCGUCUGGAGCUGACGAGCCUGCAGUCUCUGAAUGAAAUCAUGGCCUCAGGCUCAAAAGAGGACAGCAAGGUAGCCGUGGAGAAGCAGGUGCAGGAAGUGAACGCUCAGCUGCAGAGGGAGAAGGAUGCUGAGGUCCAGAUGAGGCAGGCGGCUCGCAGCGCUGAGCAGGCCAGCGCAGGAGGAGGAUCAGGCGGGAAGGGCUGGAACGAGGAAGACCUUCAGCUGCUCAUCAAAGCUGUCAACCUGUUCCCUGCUGGGACCAACGCCAGAUGGGAAGUUAUUGCCAACUAUAUGAACCUACACUCCACCAGUGGCAUGAAGAGGACGGCCAAAGACGUCAUCAACAAAGCCAAGAAUCUACAACGACUAGAUCCGGGUCAGAAAGACGAGAUAAACAGAAAAGCCUUUGAGAAGUUCAAGAAGGAACAUGCUUGUGUAGCGCCCACCAUAGACAACGCUGUGCCCUCAGAGAGAUUUGAUGGCGCCGGUAGCGACGGUAAUGCUGCCUCCUGGACCACAGAGGAACAGAAGCUUCUGGAACAAGCCCUGAAGACCUACCCAGUCAGCACACCUGAGCGGUGGGAGAAGAUCGCUGCUGCUGUCCCAGGACGAACCAAGAAAGACUGUAUGAAGAGGUACAAGGAACUGGUGGAGAUGGUUAAAGCCAAGAAAGCCGCACAGGAAGUCGGAGGCAAGAGUAAAAAAUGACAAGAACCACAAAAGAAUAGUAUCCGUGUUAUUUUAACAUUAUUGUGUUGGUCUUUAUUUUAUAAUAAAAAUUAAAGGAGGAAAAAAUAUUACAAACUUAAA